AUGCGCGUUCUCCUACUUGGCGCAACUGGAAACCUGGGGAAACGGUGUGUCCCUGCCCUGCUCGCACACGAGCACGUACUCACGAUAUACGUGCGGAACCCGUCCAAAUUCAAGUCUGUGAUGUCCCCGGAGAUCAUUCAGCGUCUGGAAUCCAUCGUGAUAGGCGACGCAACCGACACGGCCACCAUCGCGAAGACGAUCCGCGACCAUGAUAUCGAAGGUAUCGUUAAUGUAGCCGGCAAUCAGGUGCUCCCUUGGAAAGAGUUUCUCCUUCCCAAGAUAGCGAAAGCUGUAGCCGAUGCUGCCAUGGCCGUUGGCAAUGAACGAGGCGUCCCUUUGCGAGUCUGUGCCCCAUACAUGGCUAUGGUCCAGCAUGAUGCAACGUGCAAAGCCAUCGAACAAAUUUCUCUCACAAACCUCCGCUGGUCUCUGUUCUGCGUGGGGACCAUGCACCCUCUGGAUCGCCAGCAGACGGUUUUCGAGCCACUCAAUGCUCCCAGGCCCCACAAUCUGUUGUUGGGGGUCACGACUUUGCCAGCCUGGGUUGAUUCUUGGUGGACUCACGUGCCCUUCAUUGGGGAAUUUGUCAAUAUCUGGGUGGUGCUCUUGUUUCAAUACGGCACUAAGUAUGAAGCUGCGGCUGAUUUUCUGGCGGAAGACUUGGAGAGGGGGAGCGAGGAAUUUGUGGGAGUGAGAGUCGGGAUGAAGAAGAAGUCUAAGUCGAAAGAUGACUAA